UUGUCAAAUAAAAAAAAGGCCAUAGCCAACACAAUAACCUAGUGUGAGUGCCCUGUUUUGAACCAUAAAUACUGUAUGUAGGUAAUAUAACAGAGUUACAUCUUAUUGGUAACGGCUCAUAAUAAGGUUGCAUCUGAUUGGCUGAUUCUUGGUACCAGAAAUCCUUAAAACAAGUAUAGGCAACUGUCUGUUUUAAAAGUCACUUUGGGGCCUGGCUGCAUGGGGGCCGCAGAGCCCACCGUCUGGCUACUGGAGCUCUGCUGGCUCCUGGCCCAGGGCCAGGCCUGGCUCUUCCAUGUGAGGUCUUGUGAGGUGGUGGCCGAGGGAACCAUCCCGGAGGCUCUCAACAUCCCGGCUCUGUACUCCUUGGAGAAGCUGAGGCUGGGGGAUGCGAACCUCAUUUUCUUCUGUCAGAUGGGCAAGCGGGGCCUACAGGCCACACAGCUGGCCCUGGGGCUUGGAUACAGAGGGGCUCACAACUAGGCUGGGGCCUCAGAGAGUGGUUUCAGAAAGGAGGCUGGGGAGAAGGUGGCCUGCUGAGCCCACCCCCACAGCCUUGUAGUGCUGUGCACACAAAAGCACCAAAUAAAGUGUUUAA